UGAAAGAAAGUCCACGCCAGUUACAUUCUCCAGAUGAUUGGCCGUGGUUUUGUAAAGGAUGUGACAUCAAUGCAGCUUUGUGUGUGUGAACUGCCUGCAUAUCCAUGAAGUUUUUUUUGGGACUGAUUGAAAGGAGGAUGAUGUUCUUAUUGCUGAGUGUCUGCUCUCAGGUUACACAGAUAUUACUGGGCUCUGCACGCAACCAUGAUCCUCAGCUUCCCUCAGGACUAAUGUAAAACUCGACGUCACUCGGGUAACCAGGUACUUAUCUUCUUAGGGAAACCUGGACUCUCAAGGUGUCACCAAGAUCUUAUAAAGUCAGGAUGGAGUCUCAAGGUGCUGGACGCGUUCAGGAUGAUGGGGGUCAGUCGCCAGGAACGUACAUCUCUAACCCGGUGAUGAGUGAUUUUGUGUCAGAUUGGUCUCUGUUACAUGAAGCAUCAAUGCAUGGACGACAAGUAACAUUAAACAAAUUCAUUAUCCAGGGUUACAAUGUAAAUUUGAUGACUGCUGAUCAUGUGACUCCUCUUCAUGAAGCCUGCCUUGGGGGUCAUCCUGGCUGUGCCACAAUAUUACUGGAACAUGGAGCUAAGGUCAAUAUUCAUGACAUUGACUGGAAGACGCCGAUAUUUAACGCCUGUGUCAGCGGCAGUGUGUCUUGCGUGAAGUUACUUCUACAGCACGGGGCCAGUCCACAUGCAGCAUGUGAUGUGGCAUCACCAAUUCAUGAGGCAUGUAAGAGAGGCCAUACAGAGUGUGUGGAGUCUCUUUCAAAUGCUGGAGUCAGUGUAGAGCAAUAUAUAAAACACUUGGGUUCUCCGCUGUAUGUUGCAUGUGAAAAUGGAAAAGUGGAGACAGUUAAAAGACUUCUCAAUUUGGGGGCAAGCGCAAAUGUUGGUAAAGACUUGGACUCCCCCUUACAUGUUGCUGCAAGAAAUGGCAAUGCAGAAAUGGUAGAUCUUCUCAUUGACUAUGGAGGAAAAACGCAAUCCAAGAACGCAGAUGGGAAACGGCCUUCAGAACUCAUCCCACCGCACAGCACUUUGUAUCAGCUCUUUAUAAAGAGAGAAGGGCCGCUGACUUUGAAGCAGAUAUGCCGCCUCUGUAUUAGGAAGUGCUUUGGACAAAAACAACAUCAUAAAAUUUGUCAGCUUGUGCUCCCAGAUACUUUAAAACAAUACCUUUUACACAAAUAAAUAGUUGGAUAGUUGGUGCA